GGCCACCAGGGGGAGUCCUCCCGCUCCUGUGACGUCACCAGCGCACUAGCGGUACAGUCGUGCUGCUGCUGUCACUCGUGAGGGGAUGAAGUCAGAGAGGAGUUGGCUUGUCAACUCCAGCCGCUAUUAACCAUUUCAAGACAUUUUUGCCAGCUUUAAGGUCUAUCUUGGCGGCAAAGAUGUGAACGGAUGUUCGGCUGGACAACAUUUAAAGAGGAAAAGAGACUCGCUGGUGUUAGCAUCUUCAAACGUUAGCUCGCUAGCUGCCGGGAGGACACGUACAGUGCACACAGCACAUGGCUUGUAUCCUGCUGAGGAACAUGAACACGGCCACUUCCUGCCCGGCGCCGCAUCAGGUCGACGGCCCCCCCCCGGACCAGGGCCCCGCAGCCGACACCAAGCAGAGCGCCACAUGCCUGAGCGUCCGCCUGUACCACGCGGGCGGGGCGGAGAGCGUCCUCACCUACCCGCCCGGCGAGUACGUGGCGGAGGAGCUCUGCAUCCUGGCGGCCAAAGCGUGCGGUAUCGCUCCUUUGUACUUCAACUUGUUCGGCCUGAUGAGGGAGAGCGAGCGGCUGUGGUUUCCUCUCAACCACGUCUUCAAACUGCAGCCUCAAGCCAGCGAGAGCCUGCACUUCAGAAUCAGGCACUACUUUCCUGGCUGGUACAACAGCGGCACUUCCUCCUACGCUCACCGCUGUGGUCUCUCCAAGGGCCUGGACAGUCCUGUGAUGGACGACACCGUCAUGGCAUACCACUUUUUCCAGUGGCGAAGCGACUUCCUGGGCGGCAGGUUUGUGAUGCCAAUGGGCCACGAGGCCCAGGAAGAGUGUCUGGGCAUGGCGGUGCUGGACAUGAUGCGUCUGGCUAAAGAGAGCGGCCAAUCACCUGUCAGCAUCUACAAUGAUACCAGCUACAAGUCCUUCCUGCCCAGCUGCAUGCGUAGCCGCAUCCAGAGGUACAACAUCCUGACCCGCAAGCGGAUCCGCUUCCGCUUCAAGAAGUUCAUCCAGCAGUUCAGCGAGUGCAAGGCCACCGUGUGCAAGCUGCGCCUCAAGUACCUGAUGAGCCUGGAGACGCUGCUCCCGUCGCUGCACACCGAGCGCUUCCACGUGGCCGACCUGUCGGCGCACCGCCUCACCAUCGUCGUCACGGGCAACAGGGGCAUCCAGUGGUCCAAAGGGAAUACCGCGGAAGCGGAGGAGGAGCUGCAGACUUACUGCGACUUCCCCGAGGUGAUCGACAUCAGCAUCAAGCAGGCCAACAAGGAAGGCUCAGCAGAAAGUCGAAUAGUCACCCUGACCAGACAGGACAACCAGAUCCUGGAAGUGGAGUUCCACUCCCUGUGUGCGGCCUUGUCCUUCGUGUCGUUAGUGGAUGGUUAUUACCGACUGGUGGCAGACGCGCACCAUUACCUGUGCAAAGAGGUGGCCCCGCCCAGGCUCCUGGAGUGCGUGCAGAGCCACUGCCACGGCCCCGUAUCGAUGGAGUUCACCAUCAGCAAGCUGCGUCGCUCCGGCAACCACCAGGGUCUCUACAUGCUGCGCCGUAGCCCCCGGGACUACGACAAGUUCUUUAUGUCCUUUGUGGUGGGGCACGAGGCCACGGUGGACUACAAGCACUGCCAGAUAGUGAUGAGCGAGUCACAAGAGUACGUCCUGAGUGGCACCAAGAGAUGCUUUGGCUCGCUGGGGGAACUUCUGGACUGCUACCAGAAGGAGGCGCUGCACACCGACGGCUACACCUUCCGGCUGACCAAGUGCUGCCCGCCCAGCCCCAAACACAAAUCCAACCUGCUGGUGUGUCGCAGCAACCAAAGUCCAGAGGUUCUUCUGUCGCCGUCUCUCCACAAAGGCAUCAGCCAGAUGGUUUUCCACAAGAUACGAAAAGAAGACCUCAUCUUCAAGGAGAGUCUGGGCCAGGGCACCUUCACCAAGGUCUUCUCCGGCGUCAGGAAGGAGCUGGGAGACUAUGGAGAGGUUCACCAGAUGGACGUGGUGGUCAAGAUCCUGGACAAAGCCCAUCGCAGCUACUCUGAGUCCUUCUUCGAAGCCGCGAGCAUGAUGAGUCAGCUUUCCCACAAGCACCUCCUCCUCAACUACGGCGUCUGCGUUUGCGGGGACGAGAACAUGACGGUCCAAGAGCACGGCAGGUUCGGCUCCCUGGACACCUACUUGAAGAAGAACAAGGGCAGCAUCAACAUCGUGUGGAAGCUGGAGGUGGCCAAGCAGCUGGCCUGGGCCAUGCACUACCUGGAGGACAAGAACGUGGUCCACGGUCACGUGUGCGCCAAGAACGUCCUGGUGAUCCGAAAGGAGGACCGCAAGACGGGCAGCCUGCCCUUCGUCAAGCUCAGCGACCCCGGCAUCGGCGUCAGCGUGCUUCCUCAAGAAGUUCUGGUGGAGCGGAUCCCCUGGGUGCCGCCCGAAUGCAUCGGAAACCCGCCCAAUCUGGGCUUGGCCACGGACAAGUGGGGCUUUGGCGCCACCCUGUGGGAGAUCUGCAGCGGCGGAGAUAAGCCGCUCUGCACGCUGGACUACCGCAAGAAGAUGAUGUUCUACGAGGACCGCCACCAGCUGCCAGCUCCCAAAUGGACGGAGCUGGCCAACCUGAUCCACAGCUGCAUGGACUACGAGCCCACUCACCGCCCGUCCUUCCGAGCCGUCAUCCGAGACCUCAACAGUCUCUUCACGCCAGACUACGAGCUGCUGGUGGAGAGCGACAUGGUGCCCGCCCGGGCGCGGGGCCUGGGCUUCCCGUGGGCCUCCGAGUGCCAGGAGCCCGCGCAGUUUGAGGAGCGACACCUCAUCUUCCUCAUGCAGCUGGGAAAGGGGAACUUUGGCAGCGUGGAGAUGUGCAGGUACGACCCGCUGCAGGACAGCACGGGGGAGGUGGUGGCCGUCAAGAAGCUGCAGCACAGCACGGCCGAGCACCUGCGGGACUUUGAGCGCGAGAUCGAGAUCCUCAAGUCUCUUCACCACGACAACAUUGUCAAGUACAAAGGAGUGUGCUACAGCGCAGGGCGGAGGAACCUGCGCCUGAUCAUGGAAUAUCUUCCCUACGGCAGCUUGCGGGACUACCUCUUGAAGAACAAGGAGCACUUUGACUCCGAGAAGCUUCUGCUCUACGCGGUGCAGAUUUGCAAGGGCAUGGACUACCUGGCCACCAAGCGUUACAUCCACCGGGACCUGGCAAGCAGGAACAUUCUGGUGGAGAGCGAGAUGAGGGUGAAGAUCGGCGACUUUGGACUGACCAAAGUUCUGCCCCAGGACAAGGAAUACUACACGGUCAGGGAGCCUGGAGAGAGCCCCAUCUUCUGGUAUUCUCCCGAGUCUUUGACGGAGAGCAAGUUCUCGGUGGCGUCGGACGUGUGGAGUUUCGGCGUGGUCCUCUACGAGCUGUUCACCUACUGCGACAAAGGCUGCAGCCCACCUGCGGUGUUCAUGGAGCAGAUGGGCCAUGAGAAGCAAGGUCAGAUGAUCGUCUAUCACCUGAUCGACCUCCUCAAGCAAGGAUACCGCUUGCCUGCGCCGCACACCUGUCCUCGCCAGAUCCAGCAGAUGAUGUCUGAGUGUUGGAGCAGCGAUCCUGCAGAGAGACCAACUUUUCCCUCCUUGAUCCAAAGUGUGGAGACGGCACGAAGCGACUUGGACGUCUGAUAUCCUCUCUGCUGCAAGCCGUAUCGUUGUACAUCCAACAGUAUCGUCGUGACGUCCACACCACCAUACACCUGAACAUUGAGUGGUGUCGUCCACACCACCAUACACCUGAACAUUGAGUGGUGUCGUCCACACCACCAUACACCCGAACAUUGAGUGGUAUUGUCGUGUUGUCCACACCACCUACACCCGAACAUUGAGUGGUAUUGUCGUGUUGUCCACACAACCAUACACCCGAACAUUGAGUGGUAUUGUCGUGUUGUUCACACCACCAUACACCCAAACAUUGAGUGGUAUUGUCGUGUCGUCCACACCACCAUACACCCGAACAUUGAGUGGUAUUGUCGUGUUGUCCACACAACCAUACACCUGAACAUUGAGUGGUAUCGUCGUGACGUCCACACCACCAUACACCCAAACAUUGAGUGAGAUCGUUGUGUCUUCCACACCACCAUACACCCGAACAUUGAGUGGUAUUGUCGUGUUGUCCACACCACCAUACACCCGAACAUUGAGUGGUGUCGUCCACACCACCAUACACCCGAACAUUGAGUGGUAUUGUCGUGUUGUCCACACAACCAUACACCUGAACAUUGAGUGGUAUCGUCGUGACGUCCACACCACCAUACACCCAAACAUUGAGUGAGAUCGUUGUGUCUUCCACACCACCAUACACCCGAACAUUGAGUGGUAUUGUCGUGUUGUCCACACCACCAUACACCCGAACAUUGAGUGGUGUCGUCCACACCACCAUACACCCGAACAUUGAGUGGUAUCGUCGUGAUGUCCACACCGCCAUACACCCGAACAUUGAGUGGUAUCGUCGUGACGUCCACACCGCCAUACACCUGAACAUUGAGUGGUAUCGUUGUGUCGUCCGCACCACCUACACCCGAACAUUGAGUGGUAUCGUCGUGACGUCUACACCGCCAUACACCUGAACAUUGAGUGGUAUCGUCGUGACGUCCACACCACCAUACACCCGAACAUUGAGUGGUAUCGUCCACACCACCAUACACCCGAACAUUGAGUGGUGUCGUCCACACCACCAUACACCUGAACAUUGAGUGGUGUCGUCCACACCACCAUACACCUGAACAUUGAGUGGUGUCGUCCACGCCACCAUACACCUGAACAUUGAGUGGUGUCGUCCACACCACCAUACACCUGAACAUUGAGUGGUAUUGUCCUGUCGUCCACACCACCAUACACCCGAACAUUGAGUGGUAUUGUCGUGUUGUCCACACAACCAUACACCUGAACAUUGAGUGGUAUCGUCGUGACGUCCACACCACCAUACACCCAAACAUUGAGUGAGAUCGUUGUGUCGUCCGCACCACCAUACACCCGAACAUUGAGUGGUAUUGUCGUGUUGUCCACACCACCAUACACCCAAACAUUGAGUGGUAUUGUUGUGUUGUCCACACAACCAUACACCCGAACAUUGAGUGGUAUUGUCGUGUUGUCCACACCACCAUACACCCAAACAUUGAGUGAGGUCGUUGUGUCGUCCGCACCACCAUACACCCGAACAUUGAGUGGUAUUGUCGUGUUGUCCACACCACCAUACACCCAAACAUUGAGUGGUAUUGUUGUGUUGUCCACACAACCAUACACCCGAACAUUGAGUGGUAUUGUCGUGUUGUCCACACCACCAUACACCCAAACAUUGAGUGAGGUCGUUGUGUCGUCCACACCACCAUACACCCGAACAUUGAGUGGUAUUGUCGUGUUGUCCACACCACCAUACACCCAAACAUUGAGUGGUAUUGUUGUGUUGUCCACACCACCAUACACCCGAACAUUGAGUGGUAUUGUCGUGUUGUCCACACCACCAUACACCCGAACAUUGAGUGGUAUCGUUGUGACGUCCACACCACCAUACACCCGAACAUUAUAUUCAUCUAUCCAUCCGUCCAUCCAUUUUCUACCGCUUGUCCCGUUCGGGGUCGCGGAGGUGCUGGAGCCUAUCUCAGCUGCAUUCGGGCGGAAGGCGGGUUACACCCUGGACAAGUCGCCACCUCAUCACCGGGCCAACACAGAUAUUCAUGAACUUUUUUAAUCUUUUUCCUAGCAGUUUUUCAAAAUAAUAUAUUUUUAUAUUAUGUAAAUAGAGGUGAAGAGUACACCACAGGCGAGGACAAGAAGAUGUGAAAUAUGUUUUAUAUUUAGUAAAUAGAGGUGAAGAGUACACCACACGUGAGGACAAGAAGAUGUCAUGUGAGCAUCAUUCAAUGACUUGAUGAAGAGUUCCUAUAUUUGCUGUCAGCUAGCAGACAAUCAAAGAUAUUUAUGUUGCAGAAGAGGCGUCACUCUGAUGUUCUUCUGACUUUGGGACAUAAAGACAUGAAAAACUUG